AUGGAUUACCAGAACAGAGCUGGUUCCAAGUUCGGCGGCGGCGGCGUCGCCUCCCAAUCUGCCACCAACGCCGACCGACGUGAGCGACUUCGCAGAAUCGCCAUGGAGACUAUGGAUAUCGAGAAAGAUCCCUACAUCUUCAAGAACAACGUGGGCACUUUCGAAUGCCGUCUCUGCCUGACAGUCCACCAGAACGACGGCUCCUACCUCGCCCACACCCAGGGCCGCAAGCACCAGACCAAUCUGGAGCGACGCGCUGCCCGCGAGGACCGGGAAGGCAAAAAGGAUCAAUCCACCUUGCCUGGUGUCGCCGGUGUUCAGGUCAAGAAGCAGCUGAUCAAGAUCGGCCGACCUGGUUACAAGAUCACCAAGAUCCGCGACCCAUUGACUCGCCAGAACGGAAUGUUGUUCCAGCUGCAGUUCCAGGAGAUCACUCCGGGCGUCAAGCCCCGUGUGCGCUUCAUGUCGGCCUUUGAGCAGCAGGUCGAGACUCCCGACAAGAACUACCAGUACCUGGUGGUUGCCGCCGAACCCUACCAGAACAGUGCGUUCAAGAUCCAGGCGAAGGAGAUCGAUCGCCGCGACGAGAACUACUGGACCUGGUUCGACGAGGACAGCAAGGAGUUCUGGAUCCAGAUCCUGUUCAAGACUGAGCGUGAGGAGAUCUUCAGCGGUGUUCCUGGUCUCGCGCCCUCCCAGACCUGA